AUGAACCAUUUGGAUGCUCAUGACGAUGAGAGGCCUUGCAGCUUUGAGGCCUCUGAAGAUCUACACAAGCACUUACAAACGGACGCACUUGAGCACGGUAGUGAAUCUCUCUCUCUGGAUCUAGUAGAGAAUGUUGAAAGCGAAGCACCUAAUGAAAACACUGCCCAAAGUCAACAUGAAGAGGCCGAGAGAGCUCCAUCUCCUUCAUCUGAGCUCUCUCACAAUUCUGCUGAAAGGGAAAAAAACAAACCGCAUCCGUGCAGUCACUGCGGAAAGAGAUUUCAUAAGCAAGCGAAGCUUCGGAUCCAUCUGCGCGUCCACACCGGAGAGAAGCCCUUCCAGUGCUCCCAGUGCGGGAAGUACUUCAGCCAAGCAGUGAACCUCAGAAAACACCACCGCACUCAUCACACGGAGGAGAGACCGUACCACUGCACACUCUGCGACCGCAGGUUUUCUCUCUCCUUCUCGCUGAUAAAGCAUCAACGUGUCGCUCAUCCAGAACAUUUGAGUGUUGCUGAAAGGGAUCGCUUUACCUGUCCAUACUGUGGAAAAAUAUUCGGACGACAUCAAGAUAUGGAGCAACAUAAACGCAUUCACACCGGAGAGAGACCGUUCCGCUGCACCGUGUGCAACGUGUUCAGUGCUCAACGUUCGGUGUUGAUCGUGCAUCGGAAAAUUCACACCGGAGAAAAGCCUUUCGAAUGUUUCAUAUGCUUCCGACGGUUUUACGGUUCAGGAGAUCUGAAGACACACAUGGGAACUCACACUGGCGUGAGACCCCACAGUUGUCCUUUGUGCUCCAAAAGCUUCCCUCGGCCCAGCAGCCUGCAAGCACACAUGCAGUCCCAUCUGAACAAGCUGCAGGAAGGUGAUGCUGUGACCGCCGGAGCUGAUGUGCUUACUCCUGAGGAGGAGGACCAGGGUGAGCCAGAGGACGUGGAAGGAGCCUGCGGUGUUUCUGCUUUAUCGCAGCUAUCAGCAGAGCUUUCUGGAAACCUUGAAGCUUCUGAAGACCGUAUGAUCUCUGAAAUGAGCACAGGGGAGUGUCUAUCAGAGAACGAGACAAGUUUCAGUCCAUCAGUGAAUCUUGACCUUGAUGCUGAUCAGGGGACCAGUUCAGAGCUGACAGAUCAUCAGAAGCCAUAUCGUUGUAUCAUAUGCAACAAAACCUUCUCUCUUGCAAUUUCCCUGAAAAGACAUCAACUUAUAUUUCAUCCAGAUCAGCAUGUCGACAAAGAGGGGAAGUGCUUCCCCUGCUCUUACUGCGGCACAAAUUAA